AUCCUGAGAUUUUUAAGAUACUUAAGAGAAGUAAACUGUGAUUACUGUUACGAAACAACCCACGAAGGUGAACCAGUGUCGAUUAAUUCUACCAUUGUUCGAACAAAAGAUAAUACAAAUGAGAUUCGAAUGAAGGCUCGAAAACACCAUAGAAUGAUCUGAACUUGCCCUGAAACGUAGUAAGAAAAUCAAUCUGUCCAAUACAUCUGGAAAUAUUUUAAUCCGCACGAAUGCCAGCAAUUUUCUUCGACUAUUCAAGUCGAAUCAAAGGAAUUCCCGCUUCAUCGAGCAAUCUCCAAGGAAUGUCCAAGAACACGGUAUCUGGUUGUGAUGGCGAGCUGGAGGAGUGUGCGUCAUCCAUUCAACGAGAAAAAAGAUAUUCAAACGCGAAAAGGAGGCAGAACGGGGACGAAAAUGUCAUCAAAUUCCGUUGCGACUUCCCCUCGACGCAGGUUAAGGUGAUGCUGGCCAGAGGAUGGCUCCAGGUGACGGAUCCCGAGGAUCCGAGCUGGUACCUCUGGUGGUGCGAGAUCAACGACGUGCGACCAGCCUUGGAUUUAAAGCUGGCCUUUCAUCAAAAGAUACCCCACUUUCGUAACCAUUACGAGCUGACACGGAAAAACUAUCUGAACAGAAACCUGAAGAGAUACAAGAAAUCGUUGCUGAAGGCGAAUAAAAUCCAGGAGGCUGAACUUUGUGAUUGCAUGCCCCUUACUUUCGAGCUGCCUAAUGAUUACAGGCUUUUUACCGAGGAGUAUCACAAGCAACCCGGUGCCACGUGGAUCGUGAAACCGGCUGGAAGAUCACAGGGAAGAGGUAUCUUCCUGUUCAGGAAGCUGAAGGAUCUAGCCGAAUGGCGAAGCAAAGAAUACGGUCCGCAGCUGAUCGAGACAGGUCGGGAACAGCCGACGGUGGAAACUUUCAUCGUUCAGAAGUACGUGGAGAAUCCUUACCUCUUGGCAGGGAGGAAAUUCGACUUGCGUAUUUACACCCUGGUCACCUCGUUUCAUCCUUUGAAAGUAUGGCUGGCCAGGGAGGGUUUCGCUCGUUUAUCCGCCGAAUUAUUCGACCUGGAGAACAUCGACGACAGCAGGGUGCAUUUAACCAACAUGGCGAUACAGUUAAAGAUUCAGGGGGAUGAUAAGAGGGAGGAGUUGAAGAAGGGUUGCAAAUGGGCCUUGAUCAAAGUUAGAGAAUAUUUAACAGCUCGCCAUGGGGUGGCUGAUGUUGAGAUAUUAUUCCAAAGGAUUGCUGGCGUGAUAAUGGCCAGUUUACUAGCAGUGCAGCCGGUAAUAAUGCAAGGAAAGAAUUCAUUCGAAUUGUACGGCUACGAUAUAUUGCUCGACGAAGCUUUAACUCCUUGGUUGCUCGAGGUGAACGCUUCACCGGCUCUGACCGGCACCGACAGCGAAGAUUAUCGGCUGAAGUUUGAUCUGCUCGACGACACGUUGAACAUACUCGACUUCGAGGGUCGUUUCACCGGCCUGGAGACGAGAAUCGGUGGAUUCGAUCUACUUUGGAGCGACGGACCAGUCUGGACCACUUGUCCUAAUCCUGCUAUCUGCGGAGAACCACCCAACGAUCUCGGGAAGCUCAAUAUUUUCCUUGGGGCUAAGAACGAUCGCGUUCACCAGCUACGCCAGCUGUUGGAUUACUUGAACGGGAAACGAAACAGGGCUCAGAGUUGUCAUAGAAGGAGAAUAACUUGAUCCACGAAUUAAGAAGCGAGGA